AUGACGCAACAGGCCCUGAGCACUGUGCUUAACAGUGUCUACCGGGGUUACAAAGUAAGCAUGUUGUCAGCCUUCAUCGCUCCCUUCAAGCACUUGAGCCCCGGGGCCACAAACACAGAGGACGAAGACAAUCUAAGUACCAGCAGCGCCGACGUGAAGGAGAACCGAAACGUAAGCAACCUGGAGGCGCGGCCACUGCCGGCUGGUGACAGAGCCCGAGGCAGUGCCCCCGGCAUGAAGAGGAAGAGGCCCCUGGAGGAGGGCAAUGGCGGCCACUUCUGCAAACUGCAGCUGAUCUGGAAGACGCUGUCGUGGUCGAUGGCGCCCAAGAACGCGCUGGUGCAGCUGCACGAGCUGCGGCCGGGCCUGCAGUACCGAAUAGUGUCCCAGACCGGCCCGGUGCAUGCACCUGUCUUCGCGGUGGCCGUGGAAGUGAACGGGCUCACAUUUGAGGGCACGGGGCCCACCAAGAAGAAGGCCAAGAUGCGGGCAGCUGAGCUGGCCCUGCGCUCCUUCGUGCAGUUCCCCAACGCCUGCCAGGCCCACCUGGCCAUGGGCAGCAGUGCCAGCCCCUGCACAGACUUCACCUCCGACCAGGCCGACUUUCCCGACACCCUGUUCAAGCAGUUCGAGCCGGUGGCGCCCAGUGUGGCCUUCCCAGGCCGCCGCCCUGCCGAGCCGGAGUUGUUGUCCCCGGCGUGCCGACGGGGGCAGCUGCUGCGCCACACGCUGGACCUGGUGGCCCCGGGCGAGAGGAACCCAGUGGUGGUGCUGAACCAGCUGCGCGCUGGCCUGCGCUACGUGUGCCUCUCGGAGCCGGCUGACAAGCAGCGGCCCCGGAGCUUCAUUAUGGCCGUGAGCGUGGACGGCAGGACGUUUGAAGGCUCGGGACGCAGCAAGAAGCUGGCCAAGGGCCAGGCGGCGCAGGCUGCCCUCCAGGCCCUCUUCGACAUCCGGCUGCCCGGCCACACGCCCAGCAGGAGUAAAAGUCACCUCUUGCCCCAGGAAUUCGCCGACUCUGUGUCCCAGAUGGUCACGCAGAAGUUCCGAGAGCUGACCGUGGGCCUGGCGUCCACGCACGCCCGCCACAGAGCUCUGGCAGGGAUCGUCAUGACCAAAGGCCUGGACGCCAGGCAAGCACAGGUCGUCGUGCUGUCCUCGGGGACCAAGUGCAUCAGUGGCGAGUACAUCAGCGACCAGGGGCUGGUGGUCAAUGACUGCCACGCGGAGAUCGUGGCCCGGAGAGCGCUGCUCCACUUCCUGUACGCACAGCUGGAGCUGCACCUCAGCAAGCGGCGGGAGGACUCGGAGCGCUCCAUCUUCGUGCGGGUGAAGGACGGAGGCUACAGGCUGAGGGACAACACUCAGUUCCACCUGUACGUGAGCACGUCCCCCUGCGGAGACGCCCGCCUCAACUCGCCCUACGAGAUCACCUCGGACCUGACCAGCAGCAAACACCUCGUCAGGAAGUUCCGCGGACACCUGCGCACGAAGAUUGAGUCCGGGGAGGGGACUGUGCCGGUCCGCGGCCCCAGCGCGGUGCAGACCUGGGACGGCAUCCUGCUGGGUGAGCAGCUCAUCACCAUGUCCUGCACGGACAAGAUUGCCAGGUGGAACGUGCUGGGACUGCAGGGCGCCCUCCUCUGCCACUUCAUCGAGCCCGUGUACCUACACAGCAUCAUCGUGGGCAGCCUGCACCACACAGGCCACCUCUGCCGGGUGAUGAGCCACAGGACCGAGGACAUCGGCCAGCUGCCCGCCUCUUACAGGCACAACCGGCCCCUCCUCAGUGGCGUGAGCAGCGCCGAGGCGCGGCAGCCCGGAAAGUCUUCCCACUUCAGUGUGAACUGGGUCCUGGGCAACCCGGACGUGGAGGUUCUGGACGCCACCACCGGGAAGCGGAGCUGCGGCGGCUCGUCCCGGCUCUGCAAGCACGUGCUCUCCGCGCGGUGGGCCAGGCUGUACGGAAAGCUGAGCACACGGAUACCAAGCCACGGAGACACGCCGUCCAUGUACUGUGAGGCCAAGCUUGGGGCGCGCACCUACCAGUCAGUUAAGCAACAGCUGUUCAAAGUGUUUCAAAAGGCAGGCCUGGGCACCUGGGUGAGGAAGCCACCUGAGCAGGACCAGUUCCUACUCACUCUAUGA